AAACACUCUUGACCCUCUUAGAAGCAUUUGUGUAUGAUCCACUAAUAGACUGGACUCCAGGUAAUGAAGGGGGGUACACUGGAGCAGUGUAUGGUGGUGGUCAAACUGUCAUCACUGAUACUCGUCAAACUAAACAGGAAAUGGAACAAGAGAUAGCAUUUUCAAUGUUUGCCAUCAGGAUUGCUGAAAUGAAGGGAGAUUGGUUAAAGAAUAAGGAUGAUCUAGCGGCUUCACUGCCCAAGUUGAACAAGUUUUUACUAGCUUGGCUUGAAACUCAGACUGAGCUUCAGGCAGCAGAGACAGAAUUGCAAGAAACCUGUCACAAGAGGGCAUUGCUUGAGGAAGCACGAAUUGACUCAUCUCAUUCAUUGCAUUCACUUCCUAAAAGAUAUGAGGAAUAUGCUGUUGUUAAAAAUACACUUCAGUCAGCUAAAGAUGCAGUGCGAGACAAACUAGAUGAUUGCAGAAAGUGGCACAACCACCAUAUUUCUGGUUUGCAAUCCUUGUGUGGCCCAGAGCUUGGCCAGUGGUACAAUGAGAUUGCAAAACUGGAGCCUCAAACUGAAAGUGUUCCAGAAGUUCAUGUUGCAGGAUUCCUUCAGUCAGCAGGCCAAGGGCAACUUGUUCAGCAGUGUGAGCAUGCUGAAAAGGAGCUUAACAGUCUGUUGGAACAGCAGAGGUUGACACUCAGGACUUGUCUGGAGUUGUUGUCACGAUAUGCCACGAUCAUAAUGCAGUUUCCUUCAUCAUACAAAAAGGAAAACAGGAACUACCAAUGGCAGGAAUGGCUAGAAAGUUUAUUGAACAAUUUCACUCUUUCCAAUUGUCAAGUGGUGAUUAAUGAGUUCCACAACAAAUAUGGUGCAGAGAGCAUUGAUGUUGAGUUAGUUCAGGCUGCUGUUACAACCUAUGUUCAAAUGCAAUCUGAGGUGACUAACUUGAAGACUAAAGUUGUAAAUUUACUAGAAAGACGUCAUUUGGAAGGAGUUGAAGACUUGCCAUCCAUCACAGCUGCAGUUAAAGAUGCUAAAGCUAAUCUUGCACAGUUUAUUGAAGAGAAUGGAGAAGAAGGUCAGUUCAGCCUCAUGGGUGUGAUGGUCAAAACUCUUUCAGCUCUAACAAAGAGGUUGGUCAUGAUGGAAGGUGCAGCUGCUGCGGCUGGUGAGCAUUUGGUAGAUCUGGUGUCGUGGGGAGGAGACUGGUUUUUAGAUGAGAUUCACAGCAUGGGAAAUAAUGUAGCUCAAGUGAUUAGUGUUUUCCAGGAGAAUUGUAAGAAUAUUCAACCUCAGGUAAAAGCAGCCUUUAGCACAGUGACUUCUGCUUUAAAUGUGUUCACAGCUCUAGAGGACUUGAGUUUCAACUUUCAGACAAUUAUUCUCCCAGAAGCAAUGAAAUGCAUUCAGAGUAAAGAACCAAGUGUGCUGGAAAUGGUGGAGAAGCUGGAGAUCUUGUUGAAAGGCCCUAGCUUAACAGUUACUGAACUAACAGCAAAAUUGGAAUCGCACCUGAGGAACCUUAUCAUGGAAAUAGAGGAUGACCAGUCCUUAGUAGUAACCACUGUAAACUUGAUGAGAAGAAACUUUGAAAACCUCAUGAGAGGUGCUGAGCCAGAAAUUUCCGAGCUGACUCCUGGACAGAUGUUGCUGAUGGGAUUCAAUGGCCUGUUUUCUAAACUAGAGGCAGACAUGGCUGACUUCCUUUUAUCUCUGGAUCAGCUGGCUCCUCCUCCUUCGUGGCGUAAAUUGGAUGUGAUGAGAGAUGCAGCAACUUUAACACCUCCAGUCUAUUCAGCAUCCACCAGAUCAGUAUUGAAUCACAUCUUCUUCUUACGGAGGCUUCAGACAAUGCAAGAGUUCUUUCAACAGUGUCAUCAGAAUGCUGCUUCACUCCAGCUAUCUGACAGAAGAGUAGGACUCCGGCUGCUGUCAGAAGAUCAUAUUUAUCAACCUAUUAAACAGUUUAUUGCAGAUUACAUGAUCAAACAGGUCCUGGGUCUGCCUUCUCAAGCUGUAACUUUUGCUCUCUGCAGUAUUAUGGGUAGCCUUGGUGUUGAUGUUACUGCUGAGAUUGAGCAAAAGGAUAUUGGUGCGGAGAGCAAAGUUUCACUGGAUGAUUUGUCUAACAAGGUAGUUGAUCGAUGUGUGAAAGACAAGUUCCCUUCUGGUCAGCUGAGCCAAACUAGUUCAUUGACUAGUGCUUUGGAUACUGUUUGGAGAAAAUGGGAUUUGGCUAGACGUCUUGAAAAGCAUGAUGUUCUUUUGAAAGAAAGUCUUCAACGUGUACAGCUCCAACUUGCUCGUUACCAUUGGCUGUUUGAGGAUAUACUAGCACAAGGAAACGUUGGACCUUUACAAAACCUCACUGCGUAUGGCAGAUCAACUCUUAUGUCAGAAAUGAGAAAAGCAGUACAGACUUUGUUGUCCUUGGAGUCUGCUGUUUCUCAGAGUCAGGAUCGUUAUUUGUCCGUGACAGCCAGUGUGGAACAAAGAUUGAAGUGGGCAGCUGGGGCUAACCCCUCUUUAGCCAGUACACAAGAAGAAUUUGAAGCAGGAAUUACAGAGAAAACUGCAACCACAUCAGCCACUGCCCAGCUUUCUCGGGAAUUAAUGAACGUAUGUAAUGCAGUUCUUCAUUUCGAAGCUAUGAGAACUCGAACUUCAGAAGCCCUGGCCUCAGACAGCUCAUUUUUAAAUCUCAUCAACAGAAGUCAAGAAAGCUGUCUGUUAGCUGAUAAUUGUGUGAGCCAAGUCACCAAGCUAGAAGAACAACUUUUAGAUCUACAGCCAUUACCUGAAACUGGUGGAAUUACUUCAGAUUGGAUAACCAGCAUCUUGGAAAAAAUUUCACAGUCUCUGGCAAAGAGCAAAGAAAAACUUGAACAAAAAGAAGUAGAAAGCUUUACUCACUGGGAUGUGGUGAAGAAUCAUGUCAUAUCUAUCCGUAGCCUGUUAACCACUCAUUAUAAUCUGAUGACAGAUGUUCGAAGCAUCUUGAAGUCUUUAGCAAAGCAUGAAGAAGUGACACUGAAAGAAGAAGAUCAACACAUAGGGUCUGUCCAGCAGUACUUGUUGAAAUAUCGAAGUUUUUCAGAACAGAUUUCUACCAUGGUUCGGGAGGUUCUUUCUGAUGUGAGUGAACAUGACCCACAGAAAGUAAAUAAAAUCAGAGAAAAGCUUGCACCUUUGCCUUCCCUAACAGUUGAUGUGUACAAUGGUUUGAUAGAACUAGCUGGGCCAGUGGGUUCCCAUUCUCAUCCUGUUUUUACCUGCAGUGUAUCAGACGCUGCAGCAGGAAAAACUCCUAAUUACCAGAAGGUAAGAGGUGAAAGAACUGUAGUGGGGAAAAAGCUACUGCCUUCAGUUCGUGAUGGAGAUCUGUACUCUGAGCCAUCACCGGGAAGUCAAGGAGCAGGACUUCGUCCACUUUCUACUCCCAUUCCAGAUAAAACCAAAAAAUCCAAUGUUUUCAGAGACCCUAAGACUGGUAAAGUUGUUCAAGAACGAAAUAGUUAUGCUACAAAUGUGUGGAGACGAGUGAAAGUGAAGUUGGAUGGCAAGGAUCCUGACCUUAAUCGACGGUUAUCAGUUGCUGAACAGGUUGAUUUUGUCAUCAAGGAGGCUACCAAUAUGGAAAACUUGGCUGUGCUGUAUGAGGGGUGGACACCCUGGGUGUGAAAUUAAUAAGUAGACACCCCCUGUGUGGGGAGAAGCCUUCAUCAACAUCGCCAAACAGCUGGGUUGUGUGAUGUCACACGUAAUCCCAGGCAUCCUUGUUCCCACCACUAGAGGACGUUUUACCGUGGCCACCACAUAUUGUUCACCACCAGAUAGCACCACCAUUGCCACAGCAGCUAGUCGACCAUGCCAGACCUUUCCUUUGCCAAGUGGGGGGAGAAAGGGAUUGGGAUAUCAGCUGCUAUUGAAAUCUGAGUGGUUGAACCAACGUCCAGGUGGUGGGACCUCCUCAACAAAUGGCUUUAGUAGAGUGAAGAACCAUCAGCCACCUCAGAUAGGUGAUAAACACCAACAUAUAACUUGAGUGAAGAGUGCACAAAACACAAACUUAGUCAAUCAGACAAAUAAAACUUUAAAUGCUCUAGUGUUUAGUUCCAUUUUGGCUGAUGUCUUGCAUUUCUCUAACUUUAUUUACAGCUGUCAAGUAUCUGUAUUUUAGCUUUAAUAUAUUUGUGUUUGUAUCCUUAUUUGAAAACCUAAUGGUAGUAUUGUUCAUCAUUGGCAGUGGAAUUUGGCUUAUGCUGAAAAAUAUUUAAAAUUCCAAAACAAAAACUUUUCAACCUUUAUUUAAUUUUUACUGGUUAUUCAGUUUUAUUGUAAUGAAAGUAGGUUAUAUUUGUUAUGGUUGCAAUAUGAAUGGUGGGAUAAUAUUAAUGUUCUUAGUAGUAUAUUGAGCAUGAAAUACUUUUCCUUUAGAAAACAAUGUGGUGAUGCUAGUAACUUGAUAGUUAGUUAGAAUGCCUCACUUAUCUUGUUAAACUGCUGGAUAUUAGUCUGGAGAGAAGAUUUCUUUAUAGCAUCUCAAAAUAUUUAAAUAAAGUUAAGAUUCACACAAAUAUCCCUUUACUGUUCACUAAUAAAGGGGUACUACAAGACUGACAUUUCAUAUUUAACUGUAAUGGUAAAGUGAAGACACUGUCAGAAUCAAUGAUAUAUCUGUACUGCUCCUGUAACAGAAGUACUGCUUGCAAUACAGAAAAUGUUUCCUGGCUCAGUUUCACAUGACUAUUUUCAAGGUGGAAAGAUACAAGUACAGGAUUGUACUGUGAUUUACUCCUUAGGCCAUUUUUUACUUGAUAUAAUAAUCUUCAGAGUAAGAAGAAAGAUACUUGUAUACCUCUGUGUUCAGAUGCAUGUACUACUGUAUUUAUCGUGAACACUAUUAUCUGACAGUGUUUGUGAUGUUCAAUGUGGGGACAAUUAACACUGUUGUACCUUCUACAACUAACGUUACCCGAUUCUAUUCUUUUGUACUAAUGUGGAAAAAGACAUUCAAAUACAUGAUUUUUUUUCAUUAUUAUGGUUUUUCUGGUUUUAAUGUACUUUGUCUUUAAUCCAUAUUAUGUUUGCAGCUAACAAAUCACUUUCUUUGGGUACAUUGAAUCCUUUGGCUAGUGUCAUGUUUAUGUCUGUGACAGAGAAUACUGAGCCAUAACGAAAAGUGUUGGAAGUCUAGAAAGUCAUCUGAUAACUUCCUGUCAUUCCUACAUCAUAUACAUUCAUACACUUUUCCUAAGAUUCAGCUGUACGUAAAUAAUGCAAUAUUUAUGCAUUCGUUACAAACAUGGACUUACUCUGAUGCUUAGACCUUUUUCUUUCUGCUGAAAUAUUACAGAUUACAGGAUUAGUUUAAAGUACCAGUUAUUAAAAAAGUGUUAGGAAUGCUUGGGGGGGGUGCUUAUUUUGAAACAUGAAAAAUUUGCAUUAGUGGUUCUUAAAGUUUAAGUAUGAAGUUACUAGCAGGUAACAAUCAUAUUUCAACAGUUGAGUUUGAAAAUAUAAUAUCUAAGUGGUAUUUACUUAUCUCUAGUGUAUCUGUAUAUAUGAUGGUUUCUUUCAAGGUAGUGGUAACAUUUACAAUUUACUUCCCUGGUGUUUCUGCUUUGGUUGAUGAAACAGUGAAAAAAAAAGUGAAAUUAUUUUUAUCAGUUACACCUCUAUAAGUGACUUUGAGAGGAGGAUAAGAUUAGAAAACGAGUUAUGAUUUUAUUCUUUUUAAAAUAAACUUUGUAAAUUGUGUACUUUUUUUGAUUCUGCCUGUUUUCAAAAAAUAUUUUAGUAAAGUAUUUUACCUGUUAAAAGCUUUUGUUUGUGUGUAAUUAGUGCCUAGAGUAAGGAUGGAAGGUUAGCUAAUUUAAAAGAAUUUGUUCAAGUAAGGAGGGCAUAAGCCAGUGUUCUAGAACAAAUCUUUGUUGGACUAUGGUCAUUGUGUUGUAUGUAGAAUGUCUCAUUAAUUCAAUAUUGUGACUAGUUCUGGAGUGAGAUACUGUGCAAGUAAACUAGAAGAAUUUUAUUUCUCAGUUUAAGUAGGCACUUUCAUAUGUGUUUUGGUGAAUCUUAUAGAAAUAACUUUUGUGUAUUUUUAUGAUCAUAAUUACUUAAUGUGUGUGUGUGUAUAGAUUUGUAGGAUCAAAUAAAUCAUUGUUCAAUAAAG